GCUGAAGUCCGGCAUAUUUCCACGCAAGUCUUUCACAAGUUGUCACUCGUCAAAUAGGCUGCAAGCUGUUCUAACUUCUAUAGAUUUCCAUUUCUUGUUGCAGAAGGAAAGGAUUUUCGGGGAGAAAAUGCCACGAGGAAGGUCGGCCACAAGUGUUCUCUCCGAUAGCAGCGAUAUGGAUAUUGACGGAAUUGCUGACACGGAGAUGGUCAAACUUCAGAGACAGUUCCGAAUAAUGGAAGGAGACCGACAGGCCUAUACCAUCCAGUCACAGGAGCUCAUACGCAAGCAGCGGCUAGAGAUUGAGCGUUUGCGUAAGGAGCAGGAUGAACUGCAGAAGAGUCUGCGUGCAUCGGAGUGUGCGUCACGGCGUCUGCAGGACAGUGGGGAUACAGUGCAGCUGCGCUCUCUCCUGACACAGAAGGACGAGAUCGAGGAUCAGAUGGACACAGAGAGGCAGAACCAAGCAGAGCUACAGCAAGAAAUCUCUGAGAUGCAGAGGAAACUGGAGGAGGUGAAGCGAGGAGAGGUGAGCGUUGCUCAGAGUGCCAUGGACCAGACUCGCCACACACAGAAGGCCACCCGCACACUGGAGAACAAACUUGACCGGGCCCUAACUCGCUUUAGCGAGCAACUGACCAGGAACAGCCGUCUGAGAGAGGAGCUGGAGACAUUGCGUGUGGAACGUGUGCGCUUCCAGCAGCUUCUUCGCCGUCUGGAGAAGGAGUUACUGGAGAUUCGCAAGGAAAUUGGAGACAUUAUCAGCAUGUCCACUGCUGCUUAUGAUGCCAGGGUGGAGGCCCAGGCGAAGAUGACCAUGCUGAAAGAGAAAGCAGUGAAGGACCUGGCGCAAUACAGUGCUGAGAUGAAGGAGCUGGAGAGGGUCAUCGCACAUGAACGGCGACUCAAGGAGUUCAUGAGCACUAAGUGUAACGAGAGGAGCACCCAAGAUGAGGGCCAGGACAUAGCCAGCAAGCAAGAGAUGAAAGACCAGAGAAGGAUGGAGUCAGGAGAGGACAACGUGGAGACUCUUGAGGAAGUGUUUCACAAGAUCCAGACUGUGACUGGAGAGGAUGAUUUGGACCGGCUGGUGACUAAGUUCAUUCAGGUGGAGGACCAGAACUUUGCCCUCUUCAACUAUGUGAAUGAACAGAACAACCAGGCAGAGACUCUCAGGGAUGAAAUUAAUCAGACCAAAGAGGAGCUGGAGCAGUUCCAUCUGGUAGGGCAGCAGCAGGAACAGGAGCACCAUGCCAUGCUGAGGGGGGUGGAGGAGCAGCAGAGAGUUGCCCAGGCGCAGGCCCAGGAGCACGAGGCUCAGGCCAACGCUGUCAGCAAGAUCCUGGACCAGAUCAAGACGGGAGUGAACAAUUUGUUCCAGAAGAUUGACUGUGACAGUGCCGUCCUCGAGGACCUACUUGGCUCCUCUUCUGGCAUCAGGGACAACAACAUCAUGACAUACCUGGGCCAGGUGGAGCAGAGAGCCAAUGAGCUGCUCACUAUGCAAGCCUAUGUCAACUCUAAGGAUUUGGACCAAGAUUAUGACCCAAAGGAGGUGGCUCAGGUUUUGUUGGGUCAGAACCCAGAACUGCAGAAGCAGAAUAUUUCCAUCCAGCCCCCGGUAACGGGGGAUGAUUACGAUACUGAGGAGUCUACACUCACCGAUGAGGAGGAGCGCCCUCUGACUCAGGAAGAACUUCGUCAGCGCAUCUUGAGAAGGGUGCUACGCAGAGAGAGUGGCCAUCACAGCAGCGGGGGAAGGGAAGUGAAGGCCUCCCGGAUCAGCGCCGUUCCCAGCAGCCGCCUCCGGGUCGUCACAGAGAUCUGA